GAUAUGAUAACAAAUUAAACUGAUUUGAUAUCUUUAUAGAUUAUCCCCGAAAUAACAGAUAAACCCUCUAAGGAAAUAUAUAAAGAAUCGAUUCCAAAACAUUAGAUGUAUUUGCAUUUGGCUAGUUCAACUCGAUCCAUUUUGUAUCUGCUGGGAAAACGCGCUGAAAUGGCUUCGACGAGUAUGCUACUUUGUGCUUUGGUCGUACUGCUCGUAGGAUCCGAGGCAGCUGCCAUCGCCAUCUCAGAAUGUCCGAAAAACUUGCCACAUGUCGAAACCAUACAAAUCCCACACGAGGACGAUUGUACGAAAUUUUACUCGUGUCUGGGCGACAUGAAAAUACUGCGUGACUGUCCUCUCAUGGAUAAUGAAGGUAACAGGCUCUUUUUCAACGCAGAACUUCAUUUGUGUGAUUAUCCAUCGCAUGCGAACUGCGAUUUGCCUUUGCCUGCAAGGGGGGCUUGA